AUGUCGCGUAAUCUAGAGCGCAACCAGGAAGCGACAUGCUAUGUUGGAAACCUAGAUGAACGUGUAUCUGAUGAAAUUGUAUGGGAAUUGAUGCUUCAAGCUGGACCCGUCUCACAUGUGUAUCUUCCGAAAGACCGCAUCACGCAAAUGCACCAGGGGUAUGCGUUUGCUGAGUACCGUACGGAAACGGAUGCCGAGUAUGCUUGCCGUAUUUUGAACGGCAUAAAGCUUUACGGAAAACCUAUCCGUGUGAAUAUGUCUGCGAAUGAGAAGCAGGAUGUGGAUAUUGGCGCGAAUCUAUUUGUGGGCAACCUUGACUCAAGUGUGGAUGAGCGCCUGCUUUAUGAUACCUUUGCGGCGUUUGGCAACAUAGUUGGUACGCCGAAAAUCGCUCGUGAUCCGACGACACAUGUGUCCAAGAACUAUGGGUUCGUUUCGUUCGAUUCGUUCGAGUCCGCGGAUGCUGCCAUUGAGGCACUGAAUGGUCAAUUCCUUUUAAACCGUCCUAUCACUGUCAUGUUUGCCUUGCGUAAGGACGGAAAGAAUGGCGAACGGCAUGGCUCAGAAGCAGAACGCCUUGUGGCAGCGAAGGCGCGCAAAAACCAAGUGCUUCCGAGCGCGCAAGGGGCGUACGGCUUGCCAACUAUGGGCUGGGCCGCACCGACUGGGACACUCCAGCCGCCUGAGGCUUAG